CUUCGAGUAAAAAAAACUUGUCAUCGGCAACUGUUUUCCAGAGCAGGAUGGAGUCCUCAGAGUCCCAAAGGAACAAGUGUGCAGCUUGCUACAGACAAUUCAACAGGUUGGAGCACCUGGUUGAUCACAUGAGGACCUCGUAUCACUCGGUUCAUGAGCCAACCUGUGGAAUUUGUAAGAAACACUGCAGAUCUUUUGAAUCUCUCAGGGAGCAUCUCAUAGGGCCGUUGCCAAAAGUGGAAUGCGCAAGAAUAUUCAGUGUCCGCGGAUGCAACCUCUGCUUAGAUAUCCUUGGCAGCCCUAAUGCACUUAGGGUUCAUCGAGGGACAUGCCAACUUUCACGCGGAAACACCGGAGCGCUGCUUUCUCGCAUGGCUAACCUAGGUAUUCAGGAUGACCUGAAUAGCAGAACAAGAGGCUCAAAGGUGGUUGCACUGGGCUGCAAAAUGGUAGGGGGUGGAACCGAUGGCUCGCUGGAUCUUUGCGCAAGGGUUUGCCUCAUCGAUGAAAAUGAAAACAUCAUCUUCCAUACUUAUGUCAAGCCCCAAAUUCCAGUCACAAACUACAGGUAUGAAACCACAGGGACAAGGCCCGAAUUCUUGAGGGAUGCAAUGCCAGUGAAGCAAGUCCAAAGAAAAAUCCAAGACUUCCUUUGCAAUGGAGAGCCCAUAUGGAAGAUUCGUUCUAGAGGUGGAAAAGCUAGGAUUCUCGUGGGUCAUGGUUUGGAUCAUGACCUGGACUGUCUACAAAUGGAGUACCCAACGCUAAUGAUCAGGGACACAGCUAAGUAUCCUCCAUUGAUGAAAACAAGCAAGCUCAGCAACUCACUGAAGUAUCUGACACAAGCAUACCUCGGGUAUGACAUCCAAACUGGCAUACAAGAUCCUUAUGAGGAUUGUGUUGCAACAAUGAGGCUUUACAUGAGAAUGCGAUCCCAAAGUCAUAAAAUAGAGGACUACCCGCUCGCGUCUGACCCGCAGAACCGAAACAACUUUGCAUCAGGGAGGCAAAAUGAGCUAGAGAGGAUGACCCCAGAUGAAAUGUUGGAAAUCUCCAGGUCUGAUUACUAUUGUUGGUGCCUAGACACGAAGGAAAGCUCCUGAAUAUUGAGGCCAGCCAACUUGUUCCAAGGAGCUGGACACAUAUGUAUGGUACUAAUGUUGGACGUCAAAUUCCAUGUAGUUUAAUGCAUGACCUUACCAAAUCAUAAAUAAACAUGGGAAUGAUAUAUGCCAUUUCCAUUGAAUGAUGUUUAAAGUUGUACUGCAUGAACAAAACUCAUCUAGCAUAGUGAUACUACAUGCAGGUUUCCUUAAUGAAUAAAAUGUUAUGUA